ACCAUGGCGGCGGCGGCGGCGGCGGAGGAGCUGGCGGGGCGGCGGGGCCGGGGGCCGGAGCCCGGGCCGGGGCCGGGGAGCCCGGCGGGGCGGGUGGGGGGCGAGGGUUCGCCCGGGGGCGGCCGCCGUGUCUUCAGCCCCGCCGGGGAGUUCCGGGAGUUCUCCCGGCGACAGCUCCGCGACAUGGAGCGGCUCUUCCGACAGUACGACGCGGGGAAAGACGGCUUCAUUGACCUGAUGGAGCUGAAGCUGAUGAUGGAGAAGCUGGGGGCACCGCAGACGCACCUGGGCCUGAAGAACAUGAUCAAGGAAGUGGACGAAGACCUGGACAGCAAGCUUAGCUUUCGGGAGUUCCUGCUGAUUUUCCGCAAGGCGGCUGCGGGUGAGCUGCAGGAGGACAGCGGGCUGCACGCUCUGGCUCGGCUCUCCGAGAUUGAUGUCUCCACGGAGGGGGUGAAAGGAGCCAAGAGCUUCUUCGAGGCCAAGGUGCAAGCCAUCCAUGAUGCCAGCCGCUUCGAGGAGGAGAUCAAGGCGGAGCAGGAGGAGAAGAAGAAGCAGGCGGAGGAGCUGAAGCAGAGGAAAGCGGCGUUCAAGGAGCUGCAGUCCACCUUCAAGCAGUGACGGGGCGCCGGCGCGGGGCCGGGCAGGACUGGUCUGCGGUGCCCGGGCCAGCAAUGCUGUGUGUGCCAACUGUGCCGGGAGCGACGCCCAAGCCACGUGCUGCCCUUGACUCCCUGAAGGCUGGGCUGCCGGCGGGCUCCUGGCCUGCCCUCGGCACGGCUCCUGCCUUGCUGGCAGCCCGGUUGGCCCCGGCUCCCCCUCCCCUUGCUGUGGUGUCUGUAGGUGUUGUUCAUGCCCCCCUCCACGUCCCCAGCGUGCCCCCUCCACUCUGCUGAGCCUCUCCUUCCCUGAGGGGCAUCGCCGUGGGCAGCAGCACCCUGCCCACAGCCCCCAGCCAUGCCAGGGGUUGCUGCUGCCGGAUCCCACGGGAGCCGUGGCCGGGACGCCUGUCCCCGGGCUGUUGUGUGUUGUGCAUGCACUGUGAGGUUUGCAGGACUGGGGCGGGGAUGCCCGGGUGUCGUGGCGGCCGCGCCAGCUCGGUGCCCGUCGGCAUUGCCGCGCGUGGCUGCCUCACCGUUGCGCACCGCGACGCCUGUGCCGAAAGCCGGGCGUGCUGCGGGCGAGCGUGGCGAGGGCCGGGUGGUGGCGGAGGGGCUGUGUGUCUGUGUGUGCGUGUGCACGCCCGGGGUCGUGCUGAGGGGUGGGAGCCCACCCCGCUGCUGCGCUGCACCCAAGGGGCUGAGCGGUGCUGCACCCGCCUGCCUGUGUCUCUCUUUUGGUAAAAGACGUCCAGAAAGGCAGCUGCUGGCUCGCAAAGCCGUAUUAUGGUUUUUUCCAUGUUGUGUUCAGUCCAAGAGGGCGGUGAGUGUUGUAGUCACAAGCAGUUCCCGUCAGUCGAUUGAGGCUCCCGUGCUCGUGGGUGGCUGUAAAGAGGCAUGUCUGUCCCUCAGUGUCCCCCGUGCGGUAGUACCGGGGGGGGUGUGUUUUGGUUUUUUUUAUUUUAAUCCCAAAUAAAUAUUAUAUUUCUUAA